GGAGAAAAGAGUUGAAAGUGAAAAAGCACUCAGUAAAAUGGCGACGUCCAAAUCGACAAGCACCUACAACAGACAAAAUUGGGAAGAUGCCGAAUUCCCAAUUCUUUGUCAGACCUGUUUGGGUGACAACCCCUACAUUCGGAUGACAAAGGAUAAAUAUGGAAAGGAAUGCAAAAUUUGCUCCAGGCCUUUCACAGUCUUCCGAUGGUGUCCUGGAGCAAGAAUGCGGUUUAAGAAAACGGAAGUUUGCCAGACCUGUAGUCGCUUGAAGAAUGUGUGUCAAACAUGCCUUCUAGAUUUGGAGUAUGGUCUGCCUAUUCAAGUCAGAGAUGCUGCUCUCCGUGUCAAAGAUGACCUUCCUCGUUCAGAAGUUAACAAGGAAUACUAUAUCCAAAAUAUGGAUAGAGAGGGUGGAAAGUUGGACGUGACAUCACCAACUGGGGCAGUUGGCAAAUCGCAAGCAGCCAGUGAUCUUCUUAUGAAGUUGGCUCGCACAAGCCCUUAUUACAAACGAAACCGACCUCACAUCUGUUCAUUCUGGGUCAAAGGAGAGUGUAAACGAGGUGAAGAAUGCCCUUAUCGGCAUGAAAAGCCUACUGAUCCAGAUGAUCCAUUAGCAGAUCAGAAUAUCAAAGACAGGUACUAUGGUACAAAUGACCCUGUUGCUGACAAGUUAAUGAGACGAGCUGACUCCAUGCCCAAACUGGAGCCUCCAGAAGAUAGAAGUAUCACAACGCUUUACAUUGGCAAUUUAGGAGAGAAACUUGGAGAAAAGGAGCUGCGGGAUCAUUUCUAUCAGUAUGGUGAAAUUCGUGCCAUCACUGUGGUGAGCCGGCAGCAGUGUGCCUUUGUGCAAUUUACACAGCGUCAGUCAGCGGAGCAGGCGGCAGAGAGGACUUUCAACAAGCUGAUCCUCGGCGGCAGGAGGCUGACAAUAAAGUGGGGACGGUCCCAGGGCCGCCAGGGCGUCGAGGGCGGCGACCUGGGCGAUGAUGACGAGAUGCUGGAACCUGUGCCAGGCCUGCCCGGAACUUUGCCUCCACCCCCGACUGACAUGCGCAACAACUUCUUCAACCUUGCAACGCCAUCAGCAGCUGCGUCCUCUGAGGCCAGCCUGAUGCAGCCGAUGAUGAUUCCACCCCCGCCCAUGGCUCCGAUGGGCCGGCCGCCACCGGGCCUCGUCCCCGGCGGUCCUCCCCCACUGAUGCAGGCCCAGGCCCCACCGGGAGCCGCUCCUGGCCCCCCAGCACCGCCCAGUCUGAGGGGCACCACUCCAUUCUACUUCCCUCAAAUCAUGAGGCCUCCGCCCGGGGUGCGGCCGCCUCACCCGCCCCCCAUGUUCCCGCCAGGCACUGCUCCCAUGUUCCCUCGCUCUGUGGGUGGAGCGGCCGGCCUGGUGCCGCCCGGCACGAACGCCAUUCAUUACCCCUCACAGGAUCCCUCGAGGAUGGGAACGGCUCAGCUGGGCAGCAAGGAUUGAGGAUCAUGUUCAACUUGCUUUGUUGGCUCUUAAAAAUUGUUCUUUUAGCAGCAUCUUUGUGCUGUUAUCACUUUGAGUGCCAGUCUCAUUGGUCUCAUACAGCUAUUAUGUCAUGAGUGCUUGAAUGAAUUUGAUGAGAUAAGUGUGAAUGGUCAUGUAUGUUGCAUUCCAUAUCACAGACUUUGGUAAAAUUGUUUCACUAUACAUUACAAUGCAAAAAAUAAAAUUUAGACAUUUUACAAAUGUUUUUACAGCAUA